AUGAAGUUCGUCAACACCUUCACGGGCUACGGCCGCCUGCUCCUCUCGGGCAACCCGUCCCGCACCGACCUCUGCACGCUCCUCGCAGCCAUCCUCUGCGCCAUCGCCUCGGGCGUGCCCUUCCCCCUAAUCGGGAUCUUCUUCGGCCAGCUCCUCAACGACUUCAACGAAGUCACCUGCCUCGAGCCGACCACCAACUCAGAAGCCCUCUCCCCCAGCGCCGCGGCCACCUACCAAUCCGGCGUCAACUCCAAGAUCCUCAUGAUCGUGUACCUGGCCAUCGCCCAGUUCGUGACCAUCUACGCGCACCUCACCUGCUGGACGCUGUACGGCUCGCGGCUGGCGCAGCGCCUGCGGGAGCGCUACCUGGCCACGCUGCUGCGCCAGGAGCCGUCGUACUUUGAUGGCCUGCCGCCAGGAGAGGUGGCGUCGCGGCUGAGUGGGGACAUUCAGACGAUUCGGUCGGGCACGUCGGAGAAGGUGGGGAUUUGUUUGUCGAGCGUGUCGUUUUUUGUGACGGCGUACGUGGUGGCGUUUGUGAUGAAUGCGGAGCUGGCGGGGAUGUUGGUGAGUUUGGUGCCGGCGUAUUUUUUUAUGUCGUUUGUGGGGAGCCAUUAUAUUGAGAAGUAUUCGGGUUUGGUGGCCGAUCAUGCGGCGAGGGCGGCGUCGGUGGCCUCUGAGGCAUUGAGCAAUGUGGUGGUGGUGCAGGCGUUUGGGGCGAAUACGAGGCUGGAGGGUAAGUUUGCCGAGGCGCUGUCUGCGUCGAAGAGGGAGGGGUUGAAGAAGGCUACGGCGGUGGGGAUACAGUCCGGUGUGCUGUAUUUUGUGGCGUAUGGUGCGAACGGCCUGGCGUUUUGGCAGGGGAGUCGGCGGAUCGCGGAUGCGGCAGGUCAGGAGUCAGGGGGUGCCACCGUGGGCGCGACCUUUACGGUUAUUUUCAUUCUUAUUGAAGCCACUUUACUCCUGAGCCAAAUUGCCCCUUUUGUCCACCUUUUCAUCGCGGCCGUGGCAUCGUUUCGGAAGCUGCGCGAAGAAAUGGAUCGGGAAUCGCAGAUCGAUGGCACGGCUAUGUCAGGGGUAAAGCUUCCGGCCCAGGAAGAUCCGGAGGCCAAGUUCGGGUUUGAGCUUAAGGAUGUUUCCUUUACCUACCCCUCGAGGCCUGAGAUCACCGUGUUGGACAAAAUCGACAUUAGCAUCCCGGCCAACAAACACACCGCCAUUGUGGGCCUCUCGGGGAGUGGCAAAUCUACUGUUGCUGGGUUGGUUACAAGACUGUACGACCCUGCAAGUGGACGAGUUUGUUUCGCUGGCCAUGACCUUCGCGAGAUCAACGUCCGCGAGCUGAGGAGUUUUGUCAGCUUGGUCCAGCAGGAACCAUCCCUCCUCGACCGGUCACUCUUGGAGAACAUCGCCCACGGAUUGGUCAAUUCCGGUAGCUUGGCCCAUGAUCAUCUCAAGACAACGCUACUCGGCCCUGAUCUUGCCGAUUUGGCGGGUAAGGUUCGAGAGGGCGAGGAUCUCGCAACAGCCGCGGAAGCGUUCGGCCCCAACGUCGUCGAGAUCGUGACCCUGGCGCAAAACGCGGCAAAACUCGCAGAUGCUGAUGACUUCAUAACACGGCUGAACCACGGCUACGGCACAGUCGUUGGUUCCAGUGGACGGUUAAUCAGUGGUGGCCAAAAACAAAGGGUAGCCCUGGCUCGGGCCCUAGUCAAAGACCCAUCUGUGCUCGUCCUGGAUGAGGCCACCGCCGCCCUCGACUCGAGAAGCGAGGACCGGAUCCAGCGGGCCAUUGCCAACAUCUCGGCUGGCAGAACCCUGCUUACCAUUGCCCACCGCCUUUCCACCAUCACCGGUGCGGACAACAUCAUUGUGAUGCACAAGGGGGUCGUGGUGGAGCAAGGUGACCACGCCACGUUGAUGGCUAAGGACGGAACCUACGCCGAGAUGGUAGAACUGCAGACCCUCGGGUCAGUAACUAGGAAGGAUUCGACCUCUGGCAGUACCACUAGCACCACUAAAGUGGAUCAAACGACCUCCAAGGAUGGACUAGAAAUUGGUACGAACAGCGUCGCGUCCUGCAGCGAAGCCGGUGACAAAGAGGACGACGAAAAAGCGACCCCCGCAAUCGAAGCCCCUGUUGCGGUGUCCGCCAAAGGAGGAGACGAAGAAGAACCCGAAACCCCGUCGACAUCACUCUGGGCCUUGGUAAAAGGCUACUCCCCCGCCGUCCGGCCACACCUCCUUGUAAUCGCCCUCGCCCUCCUCGGCUCCAUCCUGGUCGGCGGCGCCUUCUCCGGCGAAGCCGUCAUCUUCGGCAACACGGUCGACAGCCUCAACAUCUGCCGCAGCCCCGACAGCAUCCGCGCCAGCGGCAAUUUCUUCGGCCUCAUGUUCUUCGUGCUCGCCAUCAUCGAGUUCUUCGCCAACGCCGCCAGCUGGUCGGGCUUCGGCUGGGUGACGGAGCACAUCGUCUACUCGGUGCGCGUCCUCUCCUUCCGCUCGCUGUUCGAGCAGGACAUCCAAUGGCACCAGUCCCACGGCCGCACCCCCACCGUGCUGCUCUCCUACAUUACGCGCGACGGCAUCGCCCUGGCCGGGCUCAGCGGCUCGGUCAUCGGCACGCUGUUCUCCAUCACGGCGAACCUGCUAGCCGCCAUCAUCAUGACGCACAUCAUCGCGUGGCGUAUCGCGCUCGUCUGCCUGGCUCUGGUGCCGCUGCUGCUGGGCGCGGGGCUGAUGGAGCUGCGCGUGCUGGGGGCGUUUGAGGAGCGCCAUGAGAGUGCCUACGCGCGGUCCGUGGAUAUUGGGACUGAGGCGGUGGCGUCGAUCAAGACGGUUGCCGCGCUGGCGUUGGAAGAUGAGACGCUUAGGACGUAUCGUCGUUCGUUGCGCGGUCCGACGAGGGAGACGUUGAGGGUUACGGUGCUGGCGAGCUUGUGCCAGGCCGUGACGUAUUUCUUGGGGAACUGUGUCAAUGCGCUGGCGUACUGGUGGGGGGCGAAGCAGAUCAUUGCUGGGAAUGUCACGACGGCGCAGUUCCUCAUCGUGGUGUUCUCGUUGCUGGUUAGUGCGCUGCUCUGGAGUCAAAUGUUUGCUCUCGCGCCCGAGUUGUCUAGUGCUCGGGCGGCGAUGGCGAGGAUCCUGGGCUUGAUCGAGAUUGGGUCGGAUGGGAUGCAGGGAAAUGUUCGGGUGAUUGAGGCUUCUGCCGCUGUGUCGGAGCCUGCGUUAGAGGAGAAAUCUCUCGAGGCAGUGGCCGGUCGGGGUUCGCCUGGCAGCAACGAAGCUGCUAGCGUGCAGUUUCGAGAUGUCUACUUCUCUUAUCCCGCCCGUCCGGAUGCACAAGUCCUAAAAGGCCUAAGCAUUGAUAUGAAGCCGGGAAGCUUUUGUGCCUUGGUUGGUCCGAGUGGCGCGGGAAAGUCGACCAUCAUCUCCUUGGUUGAACGGCUAUACACCCCACAAUCUGGAGCUGUCCUUAUUGAUGGGGUUGACGUGACGAAGAGCCGGGACACGUCUUUCCGGGAUGAGAUUGCGCUGGUGCCCCAGGAGAGCAUGCUUUUUGAGGGAAGUAUCGCCUUCAAUAUUGGACUCGGUGCUAGGCCAGGCCAAGAGGCCACCAAAGAGGACAUUGUGGAGGCGUGUAAGUUGGCCAACAUCCACGACGUUAUUGAGGCCCUUCCCGAAGGAUAUGAGACGCUCUGUGGGCCAAGUGGUGCGAGAUUCUCAGGUGGCCAGAAGCAGAGGCUGUCGAUUGCUCGUGCCCUCGUGCGGAAGCCGAAGCUGUUGAUUCUGGAUGAGCCAACUAGUGCCUUGGAUGCCGAGUCAGAAAGACUGCUGCAAGAGGGGUUGGAAAAGGCAGCUGUGGGCAUCACCGUCAUUGCUAUUGCUCACCGGUUGCGCACUAUCAAGAAGGCAGAUCGUAUCUUCUGGAUAGAAGACGGCCGGUGCGUGGACUCUGGAACACACGAAGAGUUGUUUGAGAAAUCUGCCGGUUACAGGGAAAAUGUGAUGCAUCAGACGGUGGCUGAGUAG